AUGGCGGCUUCCGUACAGUACGAGCGUGACCUUCGCAGCGCAAACCAAGAGUACAAGCGCGGAAAGGACGCCACCGUGAAGUGGUCCUUCGGAACCACGGCUUCUCCGUCGUGGUGGAGCGCGAGCGCGCCGGAACCAGACAACGAAAACAUCAAGGCUCGACCACUUGGAAAGUGGAGUGACCAGUUUGGCAAGGAGGACAAGGACAAGGGAAACAUCAACAAGUACACCCGCACAACAGGCCGUCUGAGGGACAUUCCCUCUAAGCGCGUGCGCUCCAAGGUGUCUGCACAAGAAGAGAUCGAGGAGGCGGCCUUCACGUCGCGGUCUGUCCUGGACUACCUGCCCAGCCCCGUGCGCCGCCAGAAUUCGGCCGCGGACAAUAUCCUGUACAGUUUCGACCGUCAGGACUCGCCCGGCAGGCCGUUGACCCUCGAUAUAUUCGUCAAGAAGGGCGGCCGCGAGACGGAGCGCUUCGUAGAGAAGGAGUACGAGAUCCUGGACGCCAACGGUGAUGCCCUCAAGGGCCGCAAGGCGCGUCGCAACCUACGCCGGGGCGUGACCAACGGAUCGAAGUCCGCGGACGACGAUAUGCCUGAGAUGGACGAGGAUGGGUUCGAGCUGGUGUAG